CCCAGAUGGGCUCCUCUACUUCGACUCCUGCUCCUCCUCCGAAGAAGAAUAAGCCGGAAGGCAGAAAAGCUGACAACCAAAUAUUGAAUUCAUAUCAGAAAUCAAUAGUUCGUAACGCAUGGAGACAUAUGAGUCAAAAAGGACCGUCAAACUGUGGAAGUACAAUAACGAGAAGAAUGAUGGCCAGAAAAAGUACAAUCGGGGAUAUUCUUGAUAGAUCAACACUGGAUUACCAUAAUUUGCAGAUUGUCGAAUUUCUACAAAAAGUGAUGCAAAGUCUGGACGAGCCUGACAAAAUAUCGAAACUUUGUCAAGAAAUCGGCCAGAAACAUGCAAAGUAUCGGCGAAGUAAAGGAAUGAAGAUUGAUUACUGGGACAAAUUGGGCGAGGCGAUCACGGAAACAAUUCGAGAAUAUCAAGGCUGGAAAAUUCACAGAGAAAGUCUUCGAGCCGCCACUGUUCUCGUCUCAUAUGUUGUGGAUCAACUACGGUUCGGUUACUCAAGGGGUUUACAUGUACAAGGAUCAAGAGAAACAAAAGAAGACGAUGAGGAGUGAAUGUGUGAUUUUUUGAUCCAUUAUUCGUAUCGAGCCCGCUUUUUCUCGAGAUUCUCUUCCUUUAGAGCAUCAAAAAAUGUCUUAAUGUCAGAAGCAGCAAUUGUUCUUCCACCUUCCGCUUUUGUAUUUAAAAAGUCUUCCAGCUUUCGUUUGAAAUUAUGAACUUCUGUAAAUUUAUCUUGAAAUACUGAUUUUUUUAAAAAUAUUUUACCUGAAUAAAAGUGUUGCGCUCCG